AUGAUUUCGAAUAUUAAUUUCGAAAAUGCUGAAGUAACCAUAUUAAAAGUCAUACCACCCAAAGAUAGGUGUAUGGAACAAAUUAACCAAAGAGGUAGAACCUUUGAAGUCGGUAGUUUAUCUAUAGACUAUGUUUCCAAAUUAACCGAUAAAAUUCGAUCUCAUUGUGUUAGCCAAGUUUUAUCAAGACUUGAAAAACCAAUAAAAUGCUGUAUCGAUAGAGAAUACAAAAGCAAUGAUGACCUGUUCAAUGACAUUUUCUUUAAUGAAAAUCCAAACUCAAUUCCCACACCAUCAAAUACUCCAACUCAAUCUCUUCAAAGUUCACACUCAAAUCUUAGUUUUUAUUACCCAUCGAAUCAAGAGCAAUAUUUUAAUAUUCAAGAUUAUUUGAAUUAA